GAUGGCUUACGUAGAAGAAUGGAUAAAUUAAAGAGUUCAAUAGAAGAAGGAAAUAAGGCAGUUGACAAAGAAAGAGAAAAGAACGUCAGCCUCUUACAUCUUAUAUUUCCGCCUGAUAUUGCCAAAAGACUUUGGUUAGGUGAAACGAUAGAAGCAAAAACACACGAGGACGUGACUAUGCUAUUUAGUGACAUUGUUGGUUUUACAUCUAUUUGCUCAACUGCUACGCCAAUGAUGGUCAUUGAUAUGCUGCAAGAUCUUUACAAUCAAUUUGAUCUCUAUUGUGGGCAAAUUGAUGUAUAUAAAGUAGAGACUAUAGGAGAUGCCUAUUGCGUCGCUGGUGGUCUUCAUAAGGAUACCAGAACGCAUGCGCAACAGAUUGCGUGGAUGGCAAUGCGGAUGAUACAAACCUGCUCAUUCCAUAGGACGCAUGAUGGACAGCCUAUAAAGAUGAGAAUAGGCAUCCACACUGGCUCAGUGUUGGCAGGGGUGGUAGGUGUAAAAAUGCCACGAUACUGCAUGUUUGGACACAAUGUAACUAUAGCGAAUAAGUUUGAGUCUGGCAGUGAACCCCUUAGAAUCAACGUUAGUCCUACUACGUAUGACCGACUGCAGUCGACAACUGAAGGUUUUUCAUUUGAGCCUCGCGACAUUUCGUGUCUUCCCAAAGAUUAUCCGUCCAGUGGUGUAACAGGAACGUGUUACUUUUUAAUUGGUUAUAAGCACCCGAACGUCGCGGAGGAUGCGCCGCUGGAGGAACAUAUAAGAGCUGGGCUGAAAGACAUAGGAUUAACAGGCGACGGAUAAUUUAUACUUUUUCUCCUUUCGAUAUUCCUAAUGUGGCAUUUUUGAGGGAUGUCUCAGCAUAUUUAUAUACUCCUGAAUAUUGAAGAUUUUUUUUUUAUUUUAAAGUAAAAUAUUUAUUUAUUAUAAGCAAUAAAACGUGAUAUAAUAAGAAA